CAGCAGUUGGUGUCCUAUGUCAGUAGUGAGCAGUGGUUGCUGAAGAUGCACGUGGAGACGUAUUUGGAAACGCAGAACGUCACAACAAGUAACUGCACCAGUACAACGUCGGAUGACGAGGAAUCUGCGAACAGUUCAAACAGUUCAGAACAGUCGUCCUCUUCCGUUCUUUGUCAAAACACCACCACCGAACAGCAGAUCAACGUGACGAGGACUCCAGCCG